CUAAGGAUUUUCAUGACUCACUGCGUCCCAUACGGACUAGAUUCUAUGCACCUGCCUGGUCACACGAUGAUCGGAUUACUCCCACUACUCUCAGCAAUCCUCCUGAUAAGGACCAGCCAAGCACAAGUCUCUGUGUAUGUAAAUGGAGAUGUGUUUGGUUUCAUAAACACAGAUGUUACACUGCGUUGCCGAACAGAGACAAAGGAGCAUGUGACCCAACUUACAUGGCAGAAGAAAAAGACUCCCAACAACGAGGACUUCCUGACUUACAGUAAAGGAGAGCAGCCGGUAUAUCUCACCCCAUUUGCGAAAGAGAGAGUGACAUUUCUAGGGAAUGGUGAUCAGGGUGGCAACAUUCUCAUACGCAACGUGACAUUAGCUGAUGAGGGAAUUUACCUCUGUAGCUUUAGUACCCACCCGACUGGAACGAAAGAGAAAGAAAUCAAACUACAUAUUAUGGUAAGACCAUUUGUCACUGUGAUUUUGCCACCAAUUAAAACACAGACCACAAUGAGCAUUGUGGCUGAAUGCACAGCGAUGGCUGCAAAACCUGCUGGUGAGAUCAAGUGGAUCACAAGUGAGACUCACGCUACCUCAAAUAUCACGACCUAUCAACAUGAAAAUGGGACUGUGACCACAAAGAGUCAGCUCUCGAUGGUGCCUUCACCAGGUCUUUAUGGACAGAAGGCAACGUGCGUAGUUUCUCAAGCAAACAUUGAGUUGCCAGAAGAGAAGAACUUCGUCUUCGACAAUAUUCAGUAUCCUCCUCAAGAUGUCAAUAUUACAGUGCACAGGAAUGCAGCAGAAGGGAAAUUGGAGCUUAAAUGUCUGGCAGAUGCCAACCCGCCUGUAUCUUACACAUGGAAGAGAGAUAAUGGAGAGAUUUCUGAUGGUACCAUUCACCAGUUCCAAUCACUGAUGGUUUCCGAUACAGACAUCCAUCAGCCCGAGCUAUAUAUCUGUGAAACAAGAAACAUCGUUGGCAGCCAAUCAGGAAUUGCGUAUCUUUAUAAGACAGAUUCUGCUUGUCAAGUGCCUCUUGUUUUUCUAGUUAUUUUCGUUAUUUUGGUGAUUGUUCUAUCAGUUGGUCUCAUUUAUCUCAUCCGGGAAAGAAGAAAUAACAGACAACCAAAAUAUCAUGAAGCGGAUGACGGAGAGAUUGAAAUCACACAGCAAGAAGAUUCACAUGAUGGAAAAGGUCGAGGCCAGCAGGAAGCUGCAGAGGGUCAGUUAUAGAUCUAUUUUCAGCCUUAAAUGAUGGCCAUUCUACUGGGUAUGCACCGGACCAAAAUA